GGCAAGAUGUCUGGACGAGGCAAAGGCGGCAAAGGGCUGGGGAAAGGAGGUGCCAAACGCCACCGAAAAGUGCUGCGUGACAACAUCCAGGGCAUUACGAAGCCUGCCAUCCGCCGUCUGGCCCGCCGUGGGGGCGUCAAGCGCAUCUCGGGGCUCAUCUACGAGGAGACACGGGGCGUGCUCAAAGUCUUUCUGGAGAACGUGAUCCGCGAUGCGGUGACUUACACCGAGCACGCCAAGCGCAAGACGGUCACGGCCAUGGACGUGGUGUACGCACUGAAACGCCAGGGCCGCACCCUGUACGGCUUCGGCGGCUGAUGCGUGCCCCCAGCUUCUGACUCGAAAAGGCCCUUUUUAGGGCCGCC